CUUGUUUUAUUAAACAUGAUAAGAUAAGAAUGGUGCAGUCUAGAAAAUUUGUGGAGAUGAAAGGAUGUUUGAACAGAUAACAGCAAGCGAAGUAGCAGGCUACGCCGUCGGAGCUCUGCUCCUCUCCGCCACCAUUUCUGCCCCCAAGAUCGACUCCCUCAUCUCUUCUUCUCAGCGCAGUUCUUUAGGCAUGUGUAAGAGAUGCGGCGACGUGAAUCGCAUCGCUUGCGGGAAAUGCAAGGGCUCUGGACUCAUCAAACAAGGAGGACCUUUCACUUUGAUUCCCGUUGUUACUGACAAAUCCACAUCAGUUUCUUGCAGCAACUGUCGUGGAAGAGGUUGCUUUUCCUGCCCUGGCUGCUCACCGAAUCAACCUUAAUUACUUCACCAAUUAUCUUGUAGUAUUUCAUUCAAGUUGUUUGUGAGUUUGUUUCUGAAAUACACAUAUAUACGAAGUUGCUUCACCUGAAA